AUGAUCAACCUCAAGACCACCGCCUUGCUCGGUAACAUCACCCGCCAGGGUGUCUCUCGCCAGCUUAUGCCUCUGGCCAAUACCAAGAACUCGGUCCUCAAUCUCUCACAGCGCACGGCCGCCCAGGGAGGAAACGUCUCUGCGAACACCCCCAACACUGUCCGUUCUUUCUCCUCCUCCCAGGCCAACCGCGAGAACAACAACAACAAUGCUGCAGCGACCCAUCUCACGGGCGCACACCAGUUCCAGUCCUAUCCGCCCUAUUCGACCGCACAUCUCGGAGCACUUCCGUUUCCGGCACACCAUCAGCGAUUUCAGGGUCCGUUGGCGGCCAACGUUAAUUUCCGCAAGGAAUUCGGCAAACCCAACAACAACAGUAAAUCUGCAGUCCCAAAGUACAGUCAGGUCUCUAGGGACGCAUGGGAUGCCAUGAAUGGACAGGAUGCUCGCACAGUCUUUUCGUACCUCCAGGAAAUGCACCAUGAGGGGCUCUAUGCGGACUCGGCUCUUUCCUCAAGGAUCGUGGCACAGUUCCUGGACAUGAACAGCCCACAGGAUGCUGAAAGGGCGCUUUCCAUGCUGGUGGAUUGUCACAAAAGCCAGGGCAGGACCCUGUCUGCUGCUCAGAUGAACACCUACUCCUCCUUGGCCAAGGACAUUGCGAAUCACAGCAGCGAUUUCCCGCAAGCACUCUCUCUUGCCAAGCUCCUCGAUAGACAUGGAUUGUUGGCUUCCUCAGGAUUCGCGGAUGGAGCUCUGCAAUUUUACCGCCAGAUCAAGAGCACAGAGGGACUCGAUGCUGUCAAAACGGUCGUCAACUCUUCCGACAUCGAGACUUUGCUCACCCUCCAGUCCUCGCUCAAAACCAACAACCGCUAUAAGCACCUGAUCGAGAUUCUCUUGGACGCCAAGGAAAUGAACAUCAUCCCCAGUCAGGAAAUCUGCUCGAGAGUCUCGCUUUCGUUCAUGAAGUUGAACGACUAUACCGGUCAGCUCGCCUGGGACACUGCCGUUCAGGAGAUCUAUCCCGGAUACAAGCCCACCAUGCCACAGGACAUGGAGCAGGAGAUGUCUUCGCUCGGCUAUGUUUCUUCCGCCCCCUCAUCGACCACUUCAUCAGCAGCCCACUCACGUACCAGCAGCACGUCCAGCACUUCGACAUACAAGGCGCCCAACACCAGCACUCAGUCGACCCUCCGGAAUGGAGCCAACGAUCCCUCGGAGGCCAUCAUCCGUGCCUGCAGAUUCGGCUACGCCGCCGUGGCUCUCGAGAGCAUUAACAAGAUGAUCAGCCAGAACCAGCUCCCUUCCGCACAGGCAAUUGCAGAUACAAUCCAGGUCUGUGCCAAGCGCGAGAAGGAACGCACCACGGAUUACCAGCAACUCUUCCAGCUCGCUCACCAGUCCCUGCACUCAAUCACAGACGAGGCUCAGAAACGGGCCGCAGAAUAUGAGGUCUACAACGCCAUGCUGGUUGCGAACGCAACUUUGGGAGACAUGUCGAAUGCCAAGAGGAACUAUGACGAUAUCGUGAAGUUGGGUCAGUUCCCCGAUGCUACCGGAUACGCAACCUUGUUGAUUGCCACGACCACGGGAGCUGUGGAUGAGGCCCACGAUGCGCUUAGGAUCCUGGAGGAGGUCAAGCGCCACCGAAUCAAGCCCAAUAUUUUCUUCUACAAUGUCGUGAUCGGCAAGCUGUCGCGAGGUCGCAAGAUCGAGCGUGUCCUCGAGGUCUAUGAGGAGAUGGUCCAGCAGAACAUCCGCCCAAACGCGAUCACAUACGGCACCCUGAUCAGCGCCUGCACCCGUGUUGGAUCGGAGGACAUGGCCAAGAACCUGUUCCAGGAGAUGAUCUCGGCAACGAACUACCAUGCCCGCCAUGGGCCCCACAACGCCAUGAUUCAGUUCUAUGUCCGCCAGAAGAAGGACCGUCAGGCGGCAUUGAUGUACUAUGAGGACAUGCUCCAGCGUCGACUUGUCCCUACGGAACACACGUAUACGUUGUUGAUUGAGGCCUUUGCGUGCAUCCAGCCCUAUGACCUCACAGAAGCCAACCGUCUGAUCCAAUCCUUGAAGCGUGGUCCUGUCCGUGCGUCCGAGGCCCAUUACGGAGCACUGAUUCAUGCCUACGGCGUCGAGCACGGGGAUGUUAGCACUGCGGAGACGGUCUUCAACAACAUGCGCGCCUCUGGUAUUGUCCCCAAGGGCCCAGCCUACCAGUCCUUGAUCGAAUCCUUCAUCACCAACAACCAGAUCUCGCGCGCGAUUGCUGUGCGCGAUGAGCUGCUCAAGUCUGGUCAGCCCUCGAGUGCGUACAUUGAGAACACUUUGAUUCGUGGAUACGGCCUGGAGAAGGAUAUCCGCAAGGCUGAGAAGAUCUUUGAGGCGAUGGUUGAUCCUUAUGAGGCCUCCUCGUCGGCUGCGGGCCAUGCUGCUGCGGGUCAGAAGAAGGGCAAUGGGCAGAUUGUGAAGGAGCCCUCGACGUACCAGAGCAUGGUCACGGCGUAUCUCGAGAACGGAAUGAUGAGCAAGGCUCAGGAGACGUUGAACAAGAUGAAGGGACAGCAUUACCCCGAUCUGGUGAUCCGACCGGUUGAGGAGGCUAUCCUUGCGGCGAGCAGUGGUAAAGGAAGCAGGAAGGGAUCGAGCACUGGACUCGAGGCCAAGGUCGAUGAGCUGCGUCUCUAAAAAGGAGCGCGUGUGCGCGAUGCAUCUGAAGGACGCGCUUUGUGUAUUUUUUGUUAUAUUCUUUUACCUUUACGGAUUCAUUUUCCGUUGUAUUUUUAAAUAAAACAUUUUUGUAAGCAAACUCAACUACUGUAAGCGCUUCUCGCCCUCUCGUAGAAAAUCAAUCAC